GGAUGAGCACCCUUCCCUUCCUCCUCUCUCGCCCGGGUUGGUGUGUCUUCCUUCCGGCUUGCUGAAGAAAGUUGAGGAAGGUUCAGCGGCAACUGGGGCUUUUACAUAAUGGACAGCCAGGGAAGGAAAGUGGUGGUCUGUGACAAUGGGACCGGGUUUGUCAAGUGCGGCUAUGCAGGCUCCAACUUCCCAGAACACAUCUUCCCUGCGCUUGUUGGGAGGCCAAUCAUCCGCUCAACGGCCAAAGUUGGAAACAUUGAGAUCAAGAAUGCCCAGAAGAUGGACCUGAUGGUUGGGGAUGAGGCCAGCGAGCUACGCUCCAUGCUGGAGGUCAACUACCCCAUGGAGAACGGCAUCGUCAGGAACUGGGAUGACAUGAAGCACCUGUGGGACUACACCUUCGGCACGGAGAAGCUCAACAUCGACUCUCGGAACUGCAAGAUCCUCCUGACCGAGCCCCCCAUGAACCCCACCAAGAACCGCGAAAAAAUUAUUGAAGUAAUGUUUGAAACCUACCAGUUUGCAGGAGUCUACAUUGCUAUUCAAGCUGUGCUGACACUGUAUGCCCAAGGCCUUCUGACCGGUGUGGUAGUGGAUUCAGGUGACGGUGUGACACACAUCUGUCCAGUGUAUGAGGGUUUCAGUCUGCCCCACCUGACAAGACGCCUGGACAUCGCAGGCAGGGACAUCACCCGCUACCUCAUCAAGUUGUUGUUGUUGAGGGGUUACGCCUUCAACCACUCUGCAGACUUCGAAACGGUGCGCAUGAUGAAGGAGAAACUAUGCUACGUUGGCUACAACAUCGAGCAGGAGCAGAAGCUGGCGCUGGAGACCACCGUGCUGGUGGAAUCAUACACGCUGCCAGAUGGUCGUGUGAUCAAGGUGGGAGGAGAGCGCUUUGAGGCCCCGGAGGCUCUGUUUCAGCCCCACCUCAUCAAUGUGGAGGGCGUCGGAGUGGCCGAACUCCUCUUCAACACCAUCCAGGCAGCCGACAUAGACACCAGGCCUGAGUUCUAUAAACACAUCGUGCUGUCAGGAGGAUCCACCAUGUACCCGGGCCUGCCAUCCCGGCUGGAGAGGGAACUCAAGCAGCUGUACCUGGAGCGUGUGCUGAAGGGAGAUGUGGACAAGCUUUCGAAAUUUAAGAUUCGAAUCGAGGAUCCUCCCAGGCGAAAGCACAUGGUGUUCCUGGGUGGAGCCGUGCUUGCCGACAUCAUGAAGGACAAAGACAACUUCUGGCUGACCCGGGAGGAGUACCAGGAGAAAGGAGUCCGUGUGCUGGAAAAACUCGGAGUCACCGUCAGAUAAAGUACUGAACGGACAGACCACGCACGCACACACACACACACACACACACACACACACGUGCACACAAAUGCACAUAUACGAAUACACACACACACACACACACCUACACAAACAUGGCAUAUACAUAUUUCUCUCUUGCCCUCAUCGCAGAGUAUAUAUCUAUUUAUCCCUCUUCUUCUCUUGGGCUCUUGAUCCUCGUCUAACAUCUGAGGAAAUCAAGCCUCCACCUCCCUGCUCUCCUCCUCUGUCCUCUCUCUUCUCUCCUGGUUUGGGAUUGGCUCACACUUUCUCUUGCAAGCCCCCAAGAACCAGUUCCUCCUUCACACUGAACCCCCUCCUUUACCUAAACUAGGAAAUGACGGGGUUAAUGCUGCCCUGCUGGUGUAUUUAGGAGUCUAUUUUUCACAGAGUGCUGUGGUUCAAACUCUGCACAUUUACCUGCUCAUAGGUUUUGCUGUGGGUUAGAUUCUGCAAUUAAACCCAGUGACUGCAGUGAAAAGCUUCUUUCCUUAGAUAAACCUCCGGGGGGGGGGGGGGGAUAAAUUGAUGCAAAUUUUCUCGCAAGCAUCUUUAAAAUCACAAUCAGGGUCCACAACAAACAGCCACGGGCCGCAUCUGUUCCAGGUCAGCGAGAAUUGAUCACAUUUUUAUGUCGAUUUUAUAAACGAUAUCAUGACUUUUCUUUUCUGGGGGAGGGACGACGUUUUUGUUCUGCUUUUUUUCUCAUUUUGUUGGAUGUAUGAUUUAUAUCUUAAAAUGUCUUUCUUUAACUUUUUUCAUUGACUUUGUUGCUGUGCACUACUACCAUCGUUAAUACGAAGUGUAUCAUUACAACAGAAGUUCCUCCAUGUUUUUAUGAAGAAUUGAUGGUUGAUUCAUAAAGGGACAAAUACACAGAGGAAAAGAGCUUGACAUCAGGGGCGUGUGAUGGUACUUUUGUCUUUGCGGGUGGUUAGACAAUGAUGGGAUGUGGGUUGGGUUCGGGUGGGAGUGAUGCUAUUUGUUCCGCAUGCGACAGCCUCCUCUCUUUGUGUCAGCUGAUUGAAGGGCUAUGAGCUGGUGUAGCAAUAUUACAGGCCAUGACAUCGCCAUAGCAUCUAAUCCAUAGCAUUCCUUCAGAUGCACCCAAAGCUCGGAGGCAGUCCCGGGUUGUCUAUAAGAUAGAUUUGAAUCUGGGCCCAGCAGGGUACCUCAAAACCGGCGAAGUAAAACGGUAUUCCAUGAAGUUAAAACUCUGCGGAGACCAUGUAGAAGUUAUCCGGUGUUCACUCCUAACGGUUGACUUAAAGAUUACUGGAGGCACUUCUAUUUUUGAGUAUGACAAAUGUGUAUAUUAUUUUCCUUCUUUCCAUGAACGCCUAUCCAGUGCCAAGUGCAGUUAAUGUUAACUGGAUCUCAUGUUUUAUUGUCUUUCUUUUUGUCACUGUUUUUAUCUUCCUGUGUUGUUCAUAGCAUAACUGCCUAACGCUGAUUUAAAUAAAGAAAAGUGAUUUAUAAA